AUGGCUCAGCAGGAGGUGAUCCGCAAAGAGACCUUGGGUGUGCAGAAGAAGAAGGGAAUCGAGUCCCGCUUUUUCGUAUUGUUCAAGGACAGAUUAGACUACUUCACCGCAGAGGCCGAUGAGAAGUCGGAGCCACGAGGUCGCUUGACCUUGAACGAGGUGGAAAAGCUGGAGGUUCAGGAGGAUGGCUUUUCUCUGAUCUUGGUCGGAGGUCAAAGCCUGACGCUGAAAACUCCAGAAGCAUCAUUGGAGCCAUGGCUUUCGUCGCUGAAGCCCCUGCUCAAAGCAGGCGACGGCAGUGACAAGGCUAAGGUCCUAUGCUCCGGGUACCUCAACGUUGAGCGCAAGGGCCAGGUCAAAACACCAUUUUUCGUUCUGCGAGAAAACAGCCUUGAACGCUAUGACACGGCCACCGACUUUGAGAAGGGGCAGGAGCCACGAACCAUGCCGUUGGCAGACAUUGAGAAGGUCACAGUGAAAGAGCUCCGCCUCACGCUGGAAGUGAGGGACCAGAAGAAGCCGGUCGAGUUCCAGGUAGACAGUGCCAAGGAGUUUGUGCAGUGGGGUCGCGCUUUGGAAAAGUUGCUCGCGCAGCGUUUGGGAGAAAACUUCGUGUCAAGUGCAGAAGGCCUGCCUGGCCGUGGUGUGCCAUCAGACGGAGGACAUGCAAGUGCCAGCGUCAGUGGCGGGACUACGCCACGUGAGGCACCAAAGGUAUUGUGCGAAGGCGAACUCCUUAUUCUCAAACGAAACAGAGAAGAUCCAAGGUAUUGCGUAUUGCGCACAGACUGCUUCGAGUAUUUCAGCAGCAAGGAGGAUUACCAAACAGGCGUUGCGGCACGAGCGCGGGCGCUUAUCGAAGACAUCACCGCAUUUGAGGUCCUGGAUGACGGCACGAUGGAAGUGGAACUAGGCGACAAAAAGCUGGCGUUCAAGGCCUUAAGCCCGGAGGAUCUUCAUCGUUGGCAGACGGCUUGGGAGACUGAUCCUGAAGAGCCACUUGCGCCAUCACAAGCAACGAUGCCGAAAACCGGGACCUGA